AUGCCUCGUACGCGGAAGCAAAAUGCUGACGCGGAAAAGGCCCCGCCCCCCGAACCGGAGCAGACGGAGCAGAAAGAGGCCGACGUUCAGGACCCUCCCACCGAGUCAGAGGUCAACACCGAGAAAGAUGCUGGCGAUGCUACCGCUCCCGCCGAUACCAAUGCCGAGACUGAGAGGAAGGACGAUGGAGAUGCUGCCGAGUCGAAGCCCGAGACCGAGAAGAAAGAUGGUUCCGAUGCUAUGGCGAAGCACCGCGAGCGCAUGGAACGAUUCAAAGCUCUGCAGCAGCGACACAAAGUCAGCACCGAACGCAACCUGAAAGCAACCGCCGCAGAGACCCAGCGCAUGGCGACCGAUCCUGCCCUCAUGAAUAACCUGUCCCGCCGUCACGCAUUCGCCUCCCACAACCUUCUCAAGGCCGACACCGAAGCCGCCGGAGACGAUUUCGAGCGCAAGCGAGCUUGGGACUGGACCGCGGAGGAGUCUGAGAAGUGGGACCGUCGUCUUGAGAAGAAACAGCGCCACCGUGACGAUGUGGCCUUCUCGGAUUACACCCAGGACGCUCGCAAGGUUUAUGAACGCCAAGUCCGCCAGAUGAACCCCGACCUCGAGUCUUAUGAGCGCGAAAAACAAAAGGCCAUCGAGAAGGCUGCUGCCCGCGGUGAUCUUGAGAUUGUCGAGACAAAGGAUGGCGAGAUGAUCGCCGUUGACAAGAAGGGCACCUUCUACUCUACUGAAGAUAGCAUGGCUUUUCUCGACCACAAACCGACUCCCGAGGCUCUCGACCGACUGGUUGCCGACCUUCAAAAGGCCGAAGAUGUCCGUCUGAAGAAACGCAAGCAGCGCCGUGGUGACGACGAUGGCGAUGUGACCUACAUCAACGAGAAGAACAAGCAGUUUAACCAAAAGCUAUCCCGAUUCUAUGACAAGUACACGGGCGAGAUACGCGACAGUUUCGAACGCGGCACCAUGAUGUGA